CUCAACCGCUCCUGGGCCUCUGUAAAGCAAAGCCCCGCGAUCGGGUUUUAAACGCACCGCCCGGACGUUACUCCUCCCACUGCAACCACUCCUGGGCCUCUCAUUUAAAUAGUUACAGCAUGGCCAUCCAAAGGGGGGAUGUGUUGGGUAGGCCGCACCCCCCUUUUUUUCCCCAGAGUAAGAAAAAACUCCAGAGAAAAUAAAAAAUCGGAGCGCAAUCAGCGUUUCCACUUUGUCGGAAAUCGCCCGAGAUCCUGGUUCCGGCCGCUGGAUGAUUUGGGAGAAGAGAAAAAAAAUGCGACCUGUGCAGUUGGGGAAGUAACGCAAAAUUAUGCCGUCUCUCCGCGUGUGCGCAGUGGGCCCGGGCGGGAUCAGACUGCCAAUUGUACUCCGCACAUUGAGCUUGAUUUCUCGCGUCUACUCCAGAACCCCUCCUCUUGGACCCCCCUCAUGGCCAUUCGUACAAUGAAAUUUGGGGGUCACCAUCCGAUGUCGGAAUAUGGAGAACAUUCUCAGCAGCUUGGACUUCUGAAUCGGCCACUUCCUACCGGAGACUACGGCUCCCGAAGUCCACAGGCUGAGCUUGGCGGAGAUUCACGCUGGCGGCCCUCAGCAAAGGGAUCCCAGGGCUCCGCGAUGUUGAAAUCAGUGCGGCCCGAGGCUGGGAGCUCUGCAAACCACAGCUCCAUGAUGUUGAAGCAGCAGGCCCAACACUCCAGAGCUUCAAACGGCAAUCUAGGUACACAAAAUUGCUGGAGAACCUCAGCGGGUGCAGCAGCAUCUAUGGAGCGAAGAAAAUAGGCGACGUUUCGGGCCGAAACCCUUCUUCAGACUGUCUGUUUAUCCUGUCUGUUUAUACCAGUGAAAACAUUUUAAAACAAUAACCAACAAUAGAAUAUGGCCUGAAUUUUCCCCAAGUGAUAGUUUGUACCACCGAUGUGGUAAAUUUAAUUUAAGCUGAACAUGCAUCUUCCGCAAUCAAAGUUUUAACUCAUAAUGUGCACCCAUUAAAGCUGAGUGUAACGAAAAAGAA